UCACCAUCUACAAAAAUCAUAAGCUAGUCACUGUAACUAGCAAAUUAUCUGAUUUCCACCAAAAUCUGCAAAUGGCAAUGGCUGCAAGAUUGAGUCAAGUAAUUUCUUGCAAUUGAAAGUCAAGACAAGAAGCUAAGAGAGGAGAAGAGAAGUUGUCUGCUUUGAUCUACUCUUCUUCUUGCUCACUCCAAAACCGACCUAAAUUCUUCACAGCAACCGAAAUUCUUCGAGGAAUGACGGCAUAUGCUGCAGUGAAUUCUCUGAGGAAUACAAUUGAUUACAUUCUCCAUUCUUCUCAUUUUAGCCUCGUUGAUCCCUCUCCACAUAUCAUACAACUCGCCUACGAUAAGUUGGAUCCAUUGCAAGAAAUUCUAGAAGGAUUGGACAGGACAAGGACAAGCAAGAGCAGGAAGAAGGUGAAUGGUUUGGAUGGAAGAAUCAAAGAGUUGAUUUGGGAAUUCCAACACUUAUUGGAAUCCCUCCUCUACCAACAGAUUCAUUCACAAAUUCGUGCAGACCAAGUAGAUGAUGAAAUGACAGAGAGAGUAUGGGAAUUCGGAUGCUUAUUGGAAUCACUUCCCUCACAACCACAGAUUCUAAGAAACUUCAACACGCCAAGAAUACUGAAUGAAUCUCAGGCUGAGGAUGAUGUUGGGGGUGAGAGAAUCAGAUUCUCCAUUGAUCUGCACUGCAUAGAAGAUGAUGUUGGUUCCUUCAUGGAGAGGCUCAAGGAUAUGGAGAGGGAAUACAUUUAUGAAGUAGACAAUAUGCUUGAAGACGACGACGACGAAGACGACCAAUCUAUUUCCACAAGGAGUGGGACAAAGUCCAAGAUGAUUGGAUUAUCGGAUCAAUUCCAACUACUCAAAAGGGGUCUGAUGCAAUUUGAUUAUGACAAGAACAAUUACAUCACACUUGAUGGAGCUGCAGGCCUUGGGAAGACUGCUCUUGCUGAGGCAGUUUUUGAAGAUCCUGAAAUCUUGAGCCAUUUUGAGUAUCGCGCAUGGGUUACGGUAGGGAGAAAAUCUCGAUUCGAUGAUGUGUCACGAGGCAUUCUAGCUCAAAUGUUUGGAAUCACGCAAGGAGAUCACGGAUUAGGAGUCUACUUGAAAGAAAGAUUGGAGGGAAAGAAAUGCCUCGUUGUGCUCGAUGAUGUGUGGGAGACACAGAUAUGGGAUUCCUUGAUGAGUUCCAUAGAUGGCAUAGAUGAUGGAUCAAUUCAUAUCUUGAUUACGCAGAAGUCACAAGCUCAAGCUUGAGUUGUGUUUCUUUAUCAGUGCGGUUUAUGAACGAAGUAGAAAGUAAGGAGUUACUAUGUGAGAAGGUGUUUGGUGAAAAGGAUUGCCCUUUUCAACUUGACAAAGCUAUUACCAAAAUUGCCAAGAAUUGUGAAGGUCUUCCUCUCAUGAUAGUUACAGUGGCUGACAUCCUAUCAAAAUCCCAUAAUACAGACCCAAAAUACUGGGACGAUGUAGCAGAAAUGAGGAAUUCAGUCUUCACGGAUGCAUAUGAUGAGAUAUCAAAGGUACUUUUCCCAAGUUACGACUACUUACCUCAAUAUCUUAAAAUGCCUUUUCUGUAUAUGGGAGUCUUCCCUCCAGAUUAUGACAUCCCCCGUUCCAAACUCGUAUAUAUGUUGGCUACUGAGGGCUGGUUCCAUAACACAAACAAAAGGCAAUCAUUGGAUAACUCUGUUUGGGAAUGUUUGAACGAGCUUUGUACGGUAAAGAAUCUUGUUUUAUUUGACAAAAGGAGUGUUUUUAAAUCUUCGUGGAUAGAUAGUUAUCGCAAGUUUAAAACUUGUCGCCUUCAUUCUUCGUGGCGGCAUGUGUGUAGAGGAGAGGCUCGGAAGAACAAGUUUUAUUAUGUCCUAAAAAAGCUUGUCGAAGGCUUAGAAGAUGAUGUAAAAGGUCAGCGAUGCUUGUGUCUUGAAAAUAACAUUUUAUUUGGUAUUAAAGACUUUUGCGACUCCGUGAGAUCAAACUGUGCAUCCUCUACACGUUCUCUCCUUUUUUUGGGUCCAUACCACCAAUAUCCAAUCCCGUUAGGUGACAAUUUCAAGUUGCUUGGGAAAAUAGAUGCUCUUAAUCUACGUUUGUACACUUUCCCAACAGAAAUUCUGACGCUAGUCCUACUAAAGUACCUUGCUCUAACUUGCAAUGGAGAAAUCCCGACAACCAUAUCCAACCUUUUUAAUCUUCAAGUCUUGAUUAUCCAUCCGCAUAGCAACAUUAGAAUUUGUAGAGCUCCAUCAUAUGUACCGACACAAGUAUGGGAUAUGCAAGACUUAGAGCACGUUGAGAUAUUGGGGAAGAGCCUUGUAGCUCCAUGUCAUUCUGCUUCUUUGGAAAAGCUCUCAACACUUGUAGGUGUGGAUGCCAACAUUUGUACUAUAUUGGAACUCUCCAAAAAAGUUCCUUGUAUAAGGAAAUUAGGAAUUCAAGUCGAGCUGACGCCUUACGAAGACCAUAGUGACCUUUCAAGUUGCUUUGAUUGUAUUUCAACACUUGGAAGUUUGGAGACACUGAAAUGUAGCAUCACAAAUCCAGUGGUUAAGUACGAUUAUACGUUUCCGAGUUCAUUGAUGAUGUUUCCAAGUGGAUUGAAAAAGUUGCAUUUGAGUGGCAUGGGUUUUCCUUGGGAGUACAUGGAUGUAAUUGGCUCUUUACCAUCUCUUGAAGUGCUCAAAUUGCGAGCCUACGCCUUUCGGGGUCCAAAGUGGGAAGUGCGAGAGAAAAGUUUUUUGAGACUUCAGUUUCUUUUAAUUGAAGACAGUGAUUUGGUACGAUGGAAAGCAAGAUAUGGAAGCUUUCCUUAUCUUGUCAGCCUAAGCAUGAAACAUUGCUACAAACUAGAAGAGAUCCACUGGCUGUCUUAUUUUGAUUUUGGAGAUAUUGAAUUAGUGAACUGCAAUCCUGUAGCUCUGACUUGUGCCAAGAAAUUACAACCAAGAACAGAUGCUCGCGUUGAUGUUACUGCCUCUUUCACUUUUGAUGAGAAACCCAUUACUAUCAAGUUUACAAGGUAUGGCAGGGCAUGAGGUAACGCGGUAUAUGAGUAGGAGCAGGUAAAAUUGCACUUGCUAGGGAGCGUAGGCGUAGCGAUGAAGAUGAAAACUUUAUUUAUGAAGCAUGACUGUAUGAAACUUUGUUUGCAAAACUUACAGUUAUGAAGUAAAAUGCAUGCAUAAUAAUAGUGUGUUAGUAUUUACCCCCAAAUUCUUUAAAUUUUUCAGGAUGAACGAAGGACGAGCAGGUUUUAGUCACAUGAUUCGCAAUUGGUGUUUUCAUCUUGAUCUAUUUCAUCAUCUCGAAUCGUAUCACCUAUCAUACUUGACUGUCUUUCUAUUUAGUAUCACGUUAAACUACUUUAUUUUGUAGGAACCAUUUGUCGUGUUAUCCGUUUGGACACCCUGUGUGGUGUGAAAACUACUGCUAGUUUCUGUAUUGAACUUCCCUCGAAUUUGAAGUACUCAUGCUUUAGAUUCCCAAUGAUCAGUUAUGGUAACUGUAUUUUCCCCCUUCAGUUAAUUGCAUAUAGUGAUUAAUGUAUGUAUAUGUCAUAUACUUAUACUUCUCAGAUGUAUUCAUCUGAGAAGUAGAGUGGCAGAGUGAGUAGUUUAUAAGCGAACAAGUUUGAAAGCUCGGUUAAUUGGUUCGAUUAUAUGUUGUAGUGUUGCAAUCACACCUUUGUCUCAAUGCCUUCACUGGUUGAGCAUAACUUCUUUUGUACUUUUGAGAUGUGAGUAAUGAAAUUUUGAAGUUUUUUGUGA